AUGGCCAGCCAUGACACACCCCUCGGAUCGUCACCUCUCAUGGCCUUGCUGUCGUCCCUGCUGCCAAAAGGCUUUGCUGUGGGGCCAUCCAGGGUCUCUGAAGGCAGGCUAGGGUUGUGGUGGGUGGGUCGAUGCCUGGAUGUAGGAACGGUUCUGGGUAGAGAAGGUGACACUGAGUGGUCCUGGAUUCAGAGCCAUGAGCCUGACCGUGAUCCUCCUAACCGACACCCUGGAGGACAUGACCCAGUGGCCCUCGACGCUUGCCCCAAAGGAGCACAGACCUACAGCACCAACGCAAGAGAGGAAACAAGGGGGAUGACUGCGGACGAGGAAGUUCUGCUGGACAAAGUCUUCUGGAUCAGCUUUGCCAGCUACACGCUGUGUAAGGCCAGGCAGAACGUGGAGGUGUGUGGGGGCGUCUGUGGAGGUGCGCGUCUGCGUGUGAGCCAGCAAAUCCAGACCGGAUCGGAGCUGUUGCUGUACCGCUGCAGUGCCGCCGGCGUUACUGCAGCAGCCCCACAGAGCCAGUCUGAGAACCACUGCGCUCAGAACAACACAGAUUUAAAGAUCGAAUGCAUGAAACAAGGGCUUAGUUCAAAGGGCCUUUCUUCCAGACUAACCCUGAAGGAUGAAGAGGAGGAGGAGGAGGAAUUGCUCGAGCCGUCAAGUGUGGGGAUAGAAGAGGAGGUACAAGGGGAGAUAACGCAAGUCAAGGAGACCACAAAGGAGGCAUCACAGGUCAAGGAGACGCCAGAGGAGAUCCCGCAAGUCAAGGAGACACUAGGGGAGACAUCGCAGACCAAGGAGACGAGAGGAAAGGAGAAGAACAAGAACGCAGACGAAGGCCUCAAGUCCACUCCACCAGUCCACUACAGGAGGAGGAGGAGGGGAGCCGAGAAGACGAUGGCCAUCAGCACAGACACGUCUACAGACUCGCAGCAUCUGUCAGCUGCACGGACAGACGCUCAAGCCAUUCUCAACCCAGAGCCACACAACAGUGUCCCGCUAGAUCUGGUCCCUGGAACCAUAACAGCCGCUGCAGAGUCCACCAACACGGCAGGAGAGGAAAGCCCACCGGUACCGGCCGCAGAGUCCGGCAACGCUAGCGGGGAACCCCAGGCACAGGAGCUCCAUUGUGUACCCGUGACUAAAAGGCCGCCUGACCCCCGUCCCCCUUCUGCCCAUGCUCCCGUCCGCACCAGCUCCCGCCUAGCCUUGAAGCCCCGCCGAGUCCACAGCCCGCUCAACCACCGCGGCCCGAGGGCCGGCCAGCCGACGGACGGCCGGGACGACAGACGCGCCGCCGAGACCGAGGCGCAGGGCCCCGGCGAGCCGGCCACGAGUGGUGCCGGACCCGUUGCCACGGAGACUGUUUCCAUGGAGACGACGGGUGCUGCAGACGAGGUGGGUUCCGUUGCCGGGGAGACUCUGCUGGCAGGGCAAUCGGAGACGUUUGAUGUGGUUGCUAGGGAGAGGAGAUACCAGUGUUCCAGCUGUGGGAAACGGUUCUACCAGUUGUGCCACUUGAAGAAACACCAGUUCACCCACUCCGACACCAAGCCCUUCUGCUGUGACGCCUGUGGGAAAAGCUACACCUCUGUUGAAAGCUACAAAGCCCAUCAGAUGAGCCAUCGCGGGGAGCGGCCAUUUUCCUGCCCCCACUGCGAGAAGAGCUACGGGCUGAAGAGGGACCUCCGGGAGCACAUGGUGCUGCACACGGGAGAAAGGCCGUACGUGUGUGACCUGUGUGGGAAGGCGUUCGCCCGGCGGCCCUCCCUACGCCUCCACCGCCUGCACUACUGCAGCAGCAGGCUGAACGAGAAGUCUCCCAAGUUGCAGUGUCCAGUGUGCUCCAAGUGGCUGGCUAACUCUGGCUCUCUGAGGAACCACAUGAAGCUCCACACGGGGGAGAAGCCCCACAUCUGUCAGCACUGCGGACAGGCCUUCAGGCAGAAAGGGAACCUCCAGGACCACCAGCGCCUCCACAGCGGGGAGAAGCCCUUCCCCUGCUCCCACUGCGAGCGCCGGUUCUCCCACAAGCGGGAGCUCCGGCGGCACAUGCUCUCCCACACCGGGGAGGUGUUCCUCUGCAGCUACUGCGGCAAGGCGCUGAGGGACCCGCACACCCUGAGGGCCCACGAGGGGCUGCACAGCGGGGAGAGGCCCCACCGGUGCCAGAUCUGUGGCAAAGGCUACAUCCUGGCCACCAAGCUGCGGCGGCACAUGGAGUCGGCGCACGUGAAGGAGAAGGCGUUCCGCUGCCACUGCGGCGCGUCCUACACCCUGCGGCACAGCCUGCUGCGGCACCAGGCCCGCUACACGGACUGCCGCCGCGCAGAGGGGUCCGAGGGGGCCGAGGGGUCCGAGGGGGCCGAGGCCACGCACCCGCACCCCAGGCCUGUCUGGGGCCGGCCCAAGAAGCGCCGGAGAACCGAGGAGGAGGAGGAUGAAGAGGGGGAGGAGGAGGGGGGGGGGGGGGACGAUGGAGAUGAACAGGAGGAAGGAGGAGCCUCGGAGCGGAAGAGAGGGGCCGGAGGAGGGAGGAAGGGGAAGGGAGCGGAGGAGGGGGGGAGGAGGAGGAGGCCCCUGGAGGAGCGAGGAGGUGGGGGUCAGAGGGCGGGGCUUAGGAGGAUCCGGCAGGCGGGGGGCGAGGCGGGCGGUCUGGGGGCGUCGCCGCCCCACGGGGGCCAGCACACCGUGGUCUACGUCCAGACUGUCGGCGGGGGCGGCGGGGGGAUCGACGCCCGCGACGGGCAGAGCUCGGCCCCCCUGCUGCUGGCCUCAGAGGUCCUGCUCCAAGGGGCGGAGCACGAGCACGACAUGGUGGAGGUGGUGAUGUCCGAGGGGGGGGAGCAGUGCAUCGUGGUCCAUGGACAGCAGAUGGCGGGGGGGCUGGUGAUCUUGCAGGGUGACGGCGGCGCGUGUUCAGUGGCUCAGACGGUGGAGAUAGAGAGUGGCUAGGAGAAGGAGCGAGGCCCGGCCUGCCACAAGCUGCUGGAGGAUUACUGUACAGAACCGUGUUGAAUGCCUGCUCAGCCAUCACUGCGUUUGUCUCUCCCUAAAGGACUUUGCAAUAUGUAACAGAGACUAUAUUUCAACGUAUUCUUUGCUACUUUUGGUUCCUUUGGAUCAGUCUGGCGUGACAGAGACAAGGCUAGUUCAAAAGGCUUCUGUUGUAUGUCAACUGAGGACAACAACGUUGAUAAGCUUCCGUCACGUGAAGUGGGGUACGAUGUCCCGGUCGCACUAACUUCAAUGAAACCAGGCCACCCUCUGCGUCGAGAAAGCCUUGACGCAAGAGGAGGAAAGAAACGGUUUCAGUCUGGGCUUUUGUUCCACGUUUUGCCGCUGUGCAGCAACAUAACACUCUAAUAAAGGACACGUUCAUUCAUAACAUGCAUGUGUCAGCGAGAUAUGGUGCCCUUAACAUGAAACACGCCAUCUCCUGGUUAAAUAAAGGUUAAAUAAAUUGUUCUUUAUGAGCCUGACCAGUU